AUGAUUUUGGCUAUAUUGCUUAUACAUAUAGCAUCCUGCUUGCUACCAGUUUUUAUUGCAAUAAGCCAAUAUAGCAGUCAAAACAUGAUUAACCAAAUUAUUGACUCUUUCCAAAGUUCUGCUUUAAAUUUCACAGAACUGAAAGUAUCCAAAAUAAGCCAGGAGGAUCCUCUUGACAGCUUUAUGGGAGAAAGCAAGAUUAUAAUCGAUGUCACUUGCAAUCUCUUAUUACAAGUAAAGCUUCCUGAAGCUGCAAAGUUAAAUUCUUUUGUCCAUAUAAUAGUUCGAGAACCAUUUGAAAAAUUUUCUGAUUGGGACUAUUUUACGCUGUUUCCGAUACAAGCUCACUACGAAGCUUUAAAUAGUUUUUUACUUUAUUUUAAUUGGUAUCAAUAUAAUUUGAUUCAUAGUGAUUCAGCGAAUGCAAUUAAUCUCAGCAGUCUAUUUUAUAGAGAUAUAAAUAAAAAGCAGGACUUCUGCUAUUCAAAUGAUAGAAACGAGGAUGCCGCUAAUUAUUUUAUUGGGAAAGAGGUAAAAACUACAGGAUUAAAAAAUGCUGUUAUUCUAAAUGAAGGAGAAGGAGUAAAGAAGUUGAUAAGGUCAUUAGUAAAAAAUAAAAUUUACAUUAAAAAUGCAGGAAUAGUAUUAUAA